AUGUACAUGGUUUCAGGUGUAGUGAUGGCAGAUGAGACAAUGCGUAUGCAUCUGAUGAGCCCCAGAUUACUGAUGGAGCUGCUACGAAGAAGAAAAGUAGGCCAAGAGUACAAGAUUUAUUGUGGGGAGAUCAGUAGAAGCAAAGUGUCUAUCUUGUACGACACUUGGGAUGAUGUUCCAGAAGGCACGAAAAACACUUUGUGGGAAGAUGCUAAAAGAGAAUUUGGAAUAGAAGAAGAUGUUUUGAAGAAACGAGAUGUCUUGACUACAUGUGAUAAACGGUGGAGAGAUUUCAAGUCAAGAUUGGUGACCAGAUGGAUCACGAAAACGAGGAAGGGGCCUAACAAUGAUAGGCUACCAUACGUGAUGUAUCCUUUCAUCACACGAGAGAUAUGGGACCAGUUUGUACAAAAAUGUAGCUCUAAGGAGUUCCAGGCAAAAAGUGCAAAAGCAAGAAUCUCUCAGGCUGCUAACAAGCAUCCUCAUUUUUUGGGCCAAAAAUCAUAUGCGGAGAUGAUUCCCAUUUGGCAAAGCAGAGGGUACAUCCCUUCCGCUACAGCAUCAUCUGUUGACUCUUCUCACAUCAGUGAUUUCCUCCUUGCCGGAUCGGACAUUGCCUUGGCUUCUCGCGAGAUCGAAAAAAGAUAA